AUGUUGAGCGACCCAUCAUCCCUGACGUACGAUUUGACCUCAGCAGCAUUGCCCGACUCCAACGCAAUUCUCAACUUCCGUUUCGAUGUGGCUGGCAUUCAGACGCUUGCCUUCCUCCUCGACAUACCUGAUGUAGUCAUUACCUCUAGCCGUAACCGCGUGUUACGCGACGAGGCGUUGUGCAUCGUUCUCUCGCGUUUGGCCAUUCCGACACGCUUUUUCGACAUGGCGCAAACGUUUCGGCGAUCACGUUCGGUUCGAUGUGACAUUUUCCUUCACGUCGUGAACGAGUUGUACGAGCGGUGGAAUCCAUUGCUGUACUUCAACACAAACCUUGUUGCCAAAACCAUGGAGCGAUACUGCGCCGCUAUCAACACGCGGGGUGCCCCAACCACUCGUUUCUUUGGGUUUAUCGAUGGGACGAAGCUCCAAGUGUGUCGGAUUGGACCAACGGGAAGCGGCGACAAUUUACAAAAGGAAAUCUACAGUGGUCAUAAACGUAUGCACUGUUUAAAUUACCAAGGCAUCGCUGCUCCCGAUGACCUCUGCGUUCACUUUUUUGGCCCGGUGGAAGGACGGCGCCACGACACGACAUUUCUCCAUGAAAGUAGCCUCCUCCAGUUUCUUUCACGAAACUCAAACAUCUUUUCGGAGAAGUGCAACUGUGGUGAUCCUGCCUACUGCGUGUCGCAGUUUUUGUUGUCUGGAUUCAAAGGAAAUCAAAUUAAUCAGUACUUUGACGUCGAUCCACCAAGUCUUGAGAUUUGUCUCGACACGCUUGAUAUUGUAGACAUUUAA